AUGGUCUUUGGCUUUGGCAAGAAGGGCAAGGUUGGGGCCGAGGCCGAGGCCAGCCCUGAAGCUGCACUGUCCACAGGAGCAGACACGACGCCCGAGAAGAGCAAAGAUGCGAAGCCUCCUCAAGAGCCUCCGGUUCCCCUCGGCAAGGCGCUCGGCACCUACUUCCGCCUCCUCUUCUUCGCCAGCCCGACAUGGCUCGACAUCGCUCUCGUUGCCGUCGGCACCGUCGCCGCCGCCGCCUCGGGCGUCCCCUUCCCCCUCAUGGGCAUCCUCUUCGGUGAGCUGGUCGACGACAUGAACGGCGCCACCUGCGACGCCCAGUCGUCCGCGUCGUCGCGGCCCGACCCGUUCGCCUAUGAACCCCAGAUCAACGACAAGGUCCUCAAGCUCGUCUACAUCGCCGUCGGCGCCCUCGUCCUCAUCUACACCUACGUCCUAUGUUGGAGCCUCGUGAGCCAGCGCCUCGCCGCCCGCCUGCGCGACGCCUACUUCCGCAGCCUGCUGCGCCAGGAGCCGGCCUUCUUCGACGACCGCCGUGCGGGCGAGGUCUCGAGCCGCCUGCACGGCGACAUCCAGGCCGUGCAGUCGGGCACCUCUGAGAAGGUCGGCAUUCUUAUCGCCAGCGUCUCCUUCUUCGUCACCGCCUACGUCGCCGCCUUCAUCAAGGAGGCCAGUCUGGCCGGCAUGCUCGUCUCCCUCGUCCCGGCCUUUAUGAUCAUGGCUAUGAUCGGCGCCGCCUUUAUCCAAAAGUUCUCGGGUGUCAUGUCCGACGCCACGGCCGCGGCCUCGUCCAUCGCCUCCGAGGCCCUGUCGCAUGUCGGCAUCGUGCAGGCGUUUGGGGCGGCGCCGCGCCUGGAGGCCAAGUUUGCGGGUCACAUGCGCAUCGCCCGUGCUGCGGGUAUCAAAAAGGCUAUUGCUGCAGCUGUGCAGGCUGGCGGACUGUAUUUCAUCGCCUACUCGGCUAAUUCGCUUGCUUUCUGGCAGGGUAGUCGCAAAGUUGCGGCUCUGAUGGAAGGCAGAAACGAUGGCGCGAGCAUUGGACGGAUCUACACUGUUGUCUUCAUCCUUGUUGAUGCAUGCAUCGUUCUCGGAUCUGUCGCACCGCUCCUGCCGCUCUUUGGCGGUGCAUCGUCGGCUUUCCAGCGACUGCUCAAAGACAUCGAGCACCGCUCUGUGAUCGACGGCACUUCCGAGGCUGGCGAAAACUUGCCCUUCGACACCCCUGGCUCCGUCGCCUUCAACAAUGUCUCCUUUGCUUACCCUUCGAGACCCAACCACCUCGUCCUUCGCAACAUCAAUCUUACCUUCCCCGCAGGCAAGCACACCGCCAUCGUCGGGCUGUCCGGCAGCGGAAAGUCCACGAUUGCAGCCCUUGUCGCCCGUCUCCAAGAUCCGACUGACGGCAGCGUGACAUUGGAUGGUCACGACAUCAAGGAGCUCAACGUGAAGAAUCUUCGGAGCUUCAUCAGUCUUGUCCAGCAGGAACCUUCCCUCCUGGAUCGCUCAAUCCUAGAGAACAUCGCGCUAGGUCUCGUCAGCUCACCCCAACCAGCCCAUGCCGGAUUCAAAAAGGUCCUGGAGAGCUCGGAGUUGUCUAAACUUGCUGCGGAAGGCAGAAAUAUCCCAUCGGCAGCCGCUAACAAGAGCCCUGAAUUGCAGCCCAUCGUGGAAGCAGUGCGUCAGGCAGCCGAUUUGGCAGAUGUAUCGAGCUUCAUCGACAGGCUCGAGAAUGGCUACGGUACCUCUGCCGGAUCCGGUGGCGCUCUCGUCAGCGGCGGUCAGCGUCAACGUGUCGCCCUGGCCCGGGCGCUCGUCCGUGAUCCCAAGAUCCUCGUGCUCGACGAAGCCACAGCUUCCCUCGACUCCGCUAGUGAGCGACGCAUCCAAGCUGCCAUUGAACGUGUAGCUGUCAACCGGACCGUCAUCUCGAUUGCUCACCGUCUCUCAACAAUCAAGAAUGCAGACAACAUUGUGGUCAUGGAGUCAGGCCAGGUGGUCGAGCAGGGCACCUAUGCUGAACUCAUGGCGCUGGACGGAGCGUUCGCUCGCAUGGCCAACUUGCAAAAGGUUAAUGCUGGCGCCAAGGAUGACACCAUGUCCCUGGGCUCGACCAUUGACAAUGACUCCAUCGAUGGGAUCACAUCUGAGAAGGGCGGACCCGCGGCGACUGGCGUGAAAGAGCAGCGUGGCGCCGAUGAGCCGCAGGCAGCAACGGAGCAGUCACCUGGCUCGGAUACCGAAGCCGCAAAAGACACAGAGGAGUCGCAGGACCCGGUCGGCAAAGCCCUCAAGCUCAUGUGUCGCCUCGUCCGUCCAGCGCUACUCUGGCUCACCCUCGCCAUGAUUGCCGCCUUCAUUGUUGGCUGCACGUUCUCCGCCUCCGGCAUCAUCUUCGGCUUCACUGUCGGCGAGCUCAAUCCCUGUAACAACACUGUCGAUCGCGUACUCAGGCUGGGCAAGUUCUUUGGUGGCAUGCUCUUCAUGCUGGCCGGCAUCGAAUUCUUCGCCAACUUCUUUGCGUGGACGUCGUUCGGCGUCGUGGCCGAGCGGCUGCUCUAUGCCGUGCGCGUCCUGUCGUUCCGCUCGCUCAUGGAACAGGGCGUUGAAUGGCACCAGUCGGCCAACAGGGACCCCUCCAAGCUACUCUCGAUCAUCACCAAGGACAGCGCUGCCAUCGGUGGCUUCAGCGGUUCGGUUAUCGGGACCGUGUUUUCCAUUGUUGUCAAUUUCCUAGUGGCCAUUGUCUUGUCACAUAUCAUCGCAUGGAAGAUUGCCAUCGUAUGCCUUGUCACGGUCCCUAUCCUUCUCGGGUCUGGUAUCAUGCAGUUGCGAGCCCUGGCCAAGUUUGAAGAGCGCCACAAUGACGCAUACUCGCAGGCUAUUGGCAUUGCGGUUGAGGCUGUCGGCUCCAUGAAGACCGUUUCGGCUCUGUCGCUCGAGAGCGAGAUCAUGGGCAAGUUCUCGCGGGCACUCAAGGCACCACGCAAGGAGAUGCUCUUCGCCAGCGCCUACACCAACAUCUGGCUGGCCAUCUCCAACAGCACGGGCUUCCUGAUCUACGCGUUCGCCUACUGGUGGGGCUCGCAGCAGAUCAUGAAGAGCGAGGCGACGCAGAAGCAGUUCUUCAUUGUUCUCGUGGCGAUGCUCGUCAGUGCGCAGCUCUGGGGUCAAAUGUUCUCACUGGCACCAGAAUUCUCGCGCGCCAGGACGGCAGCGGGUCGCAUCUCUGCGAUCCUGAGCAUCGGCUCGUCAAAAGAUCUGCCACCAGAUGUCAUGCGCUCCGAUAAGCCGAGCGAGCCCAAGGAGAAGGACCCCGAGGCUACAGUUGAGUCAAAGCCCAGGGUGGAUGGCGAGAACAGGGGAGUGUCCAUCACGUUUGACCAUGUGUCUUUCUCUUACCCUGCUCGUCCAGAUAAUCACAUUCUCCACGAUAUGAGCUUCACCGUUCAUCCUGGGCAGUUCUGCGGCUUAGUCGGCCCGUCAGGUGCGGGCAAAUCAACGGUCAUGAGCUUGGUGCAGCAGCUAUACCACCCGACAACAGGCAUCGUGCGGAUCGACGGCAUCGACGUGUCUCGCCGCAACGACAGUGACGCGACCGCCAGUGCUCUCCGUGACGAGAUCGCCAUUGUUCCGCAGGACAGUGCCCUUUUCGACGGAAGUGCACGUUUCAACGUCGGCCUCGGCGCACGGCCUGGUCACGACGCCACUCUGGCCGAGAUUGAGGAGGCUUGCCGCCUAGCCAACAUCCACGACGUGAUCAUGGAGCUGCCGCAGGGUUACGACACUGAACUCGGCCCAGGGGCAUCGCGCCUUUCCGGUGGCCAGCGGCAGCGCCUGGCCAUUGCACGUGCUUUGGUGCGAAAGCCCCGGCUCUUGCUGCUGGACGAAAGCACGAGCGCACUGGAUGCUGAGAGCGAACGGGCGCUUCAGGAGGGAUUAGAGAGAGCGGCCCGCGGGGUGACCGUGCUGGCCAUCACACAUCGUCUGCACACGGUCCAGCAGGCAGAUGUCAUCUUCGUCAUUGAGGGCGGAGAGGUGGUCGACAAGGGGCGGCACGCAGAGCUGAUGGAGAGAAGCGAGACGUACAUGCUGAAUGCACAGUCACAGAUGCUGCAUGACUGA